AUGAAUAAGAUUCAGAGGACGUCUUCAAUAGAGAGAGAACCGCAGACUCUGCUCCUUGAUCAGAUCAAAGAUGCGAGGGAGACAGCACUGUAUGUAAUCAGAAACCACAGCAUAGAAGAAGCUAUACGCAUUUUCACAGAGGGUUUGCAGCCAGUUCUCAGCGUCAAGAACGGCGACACGAACGUGAACAUGAGAAUGGAUUCGGAUGAAGAUCGGGUCGGGUUUAAUCACGUUCUUGCUGGAUUCAGAGACACAGCCACUGCUCCUUUCUAAAUUUGAGUCUCCAUUAUGAUCCCUUUUUUCGGAGGAUAUUUUGUAGGAUAAAGUUUUUGUGUAAAUACUGUAAGAAUUAAAAAACUCUGCUGUGUGUAA